GGAGGAGCGAAGCGAGUUUGUCAGUUUCCUAAAUAUAGCGGACGGACAUUAGCAGUGCGUCUGUCUGUGCUGGGGAUUCUUUGAGAAAAAGACGGCAUUUAUACGAGCUGCUUGGGGGUGCGAAUCGCAGGCGAGCUGAUGCCGACAGAACAGCAGCUGACAUUGGGACACUCUGUUAAGGAUUGCCUGUUGAAUUUUUAACCACCUUGAGCCCGCUGGUAUUCCUCUUCGGCUGUUAGUGGAGUGUGUUUCGGCCAUGGGGAGGAAGAAGAUUCAAAUCACUCGGAUUGUGGAUGAGAGGAACAGACAGGUGACCUUCAUGAAGAGAAAGUUUGGUCUGAUGAAGAAAGCCUAUGAGCUGAGUGUCCUCUGUGACUGCGAAAUUGCCCUCAUCAUCUUCAACAGCUCCAACAAGCUAUUUCAGUACGCCAGCACUGACAUGGACAAAGUCCUGCUGAAAUACACAGAGUACAACGAACCCCAUGAGAGCAGAACCAACUCUGACAUUGUAGAGGCCCUGAAUAAGAAGGAGCACAGAGGUUGCGACAGCCCAGACAAUGACCCCUCCUAUGUCCUCACCCCCAGUACAGAGGAGAAAUACAAAAAGAUUAAUGAAGAUUUCGACAACAUGAUGAAAAGUCAUAAAAUAUCCACAGGUCAGCCACAGCAGCAUUUCAUGCAUGCAGCAUCAGGCAGCACAAUGUAUUGUCAUGGCGCUGGAGCAGGUGGUGGAGGAGGAGGAGGAGGAGGAGGAGGAGGAGGAGGAGGAGGAGGAGGAGGGGGGACCUCCCAGGCUUUAGCUGUAGCCACGGCAGUUCUGUCUGACAGUGGGAUUCUCUGCUCGCCUCACACACAUCCUCACAGAAACACAAACUCCUCACAAAGACCUCACAGUGCUGGAAACACAGGUGGCCUACAGGGCAGUUCAGAUUUGGCUUUGCACAAUGGAUCUGGAGCAGCUGUAAAUGGAUUCAUGGGCUCCAAUGGUGGAAGCAUUUUGGGGAAGAUUGGACCACCGAAAUCUUCUCCUUCUCUUCCCCAUCAAGAGAGCAGCCUGAUCCCCAGCAGCCGGAAAACCGAACUCCGAGUGGUCAUCCCUCAUUGCAAAGGAAUGAUGCUGAGUAACCAGCGGCUGAGCAGCAGUCAGUCCAGUCAGCUUCUGUCCACACCAGUGGUCUCCAUCGCCACACCCAGUCUGGCCCACCAGAGUCUGGGUUACUCUGGCAUCAACUCUGCCUACAAUAGCGAAUACUCCCUGAACAGUGCAGAGAUGGCAGGCUUCAGCUCGGCCAUAGGCCACUCUCUGGGCUCCAUGACAGCUUGGGAACAGCACCAGCUGACCUCCUUGGGAUCAGCAAGCUCCAAUCUCUCCAUCAACACCAACCACAACAUCAACAUCAAAGCUGAGCCCAUCUCUCCACCACGUGACCACUUCACCCAGCACGGAUAUAUAACCCAUCACACUGCCCCUCCUCCUCCUCAUGCCUCUUCAUCCACCCGGGGAGACUUAGGGAGGUCUCCUACCGGGAGCGUCAGCUCCUCCUGCAGCUCCCAUGAGGAUGCCAGCGACCGGGAGGAGCAGCAAUAUCAGCAGAAGCGACGUCCAGACCUCCACUCGCUCCUCGUGGGUCGGUCAGAGGGCAGAGAGAGCCCGACUGUAAAACGGAUGAGAAUGGACAGCUGGGUGACAUAGAAGCCUGGAGUCAUGUGACGACAUGGACGUCAGACAAAUGCAGCAGGGACACUUGUUAUGCAAAUAAAAUUAUGGAUUUUAUCCACACAUUCUGCUAAAUCUUCCUUAAAUUAUGUUUCUUCUUGAUUUUUAUUGUCUUUGUUUUUUUCCGGCUUUAAUGAUCAGAUUUUUAAAAAGAUCCACGCACCAUUAAUCUGGAAAGUCUUUGGAAAAUGUGGGACAUUAUUAAAUCCCAGCUGCAGUACAAUCACUUAUUUCUCAUCUGAUGGGAUGACAGAAGGAGGAAAAAAGCAUCACUGUCUUUCUCCCCCAUGGUCCAAUGUUUUUUGUUCCAAAAGCAGAGAAUUAGUGAAUAAUUUCUGAACUUCUCAGGGUGAGAAAGCAAUACUCCCUCCACUUCCCAUCUCUGUAAUCCUUCCUUAAAAAACACUUAUUUAUACCAGCCAAAGCAGUAUACUGUGCACACAACAUGUCUCAUCAUUUGAAAGCCACACCAUCUGAACUAUGUCUUCAUUGUUUUGUACAUAGUAUGUUUAUCAUUUAUCCCAUGCAUUGUAACAAAACAGUAUUGUCUGUUUUAUCUGACACUUCCACCAGGUUUUACAAAAAUACACUUUUAAAGAUGGUUUCUGUGUCUGUCUUAUGAUUGUUGUCAAAGACCCUUUUGUUAAAUCUGUUUUGUGAAGUUUCUAUCACCACUCUUAAUCUGCUUAAUAAAAUGUACAGUGACAGUUGCA